UUUACCCUCUGGAAAACGAAAAGUUCUGUUGUGCUCGUAUCAUGCAAAUUAUCACUAGUAGGAGGGCAGAGAGCAGAAGAGACCCAGAUGUAGAUGCCCAUAAGAUAAAGAAGCCCAGAGCCGUUAGAUGCAGGAGCAGAUGUAUAGGGUUUGCCUGACUCAUCCUCAAGGUUGCAUAAGCAAGAUUUCAAAAUUAAUCCUUCUCUGAAGACCUCAACCCAGUGUACAACGUUCCUGGCUGGAAAAGAAGAACUAUAUUUUUCUAAUUUUUUUUUUCAACUCUUUACCAUUACUUGCCUUUGUAUCUCCGCCUUCUCUUUCUGCGAGAAACUGUAUUUCCUACUUCUGCACACCAAGUUUCUACCUCGAGGUCUGUUUGGUUCAGUUGCCGAGAAACCUGACACACCAGUGCCACCUGGAAGAAGCCAUCCACUGAACAGAGGAAAAUGGAUGACAAGGACACAUCUCCUCAGUUAAUCCACAGCAUGUCGUCCACGUAUCAUUCUCUGUUCCCAAGAGACAGCAACAUGAACAGUGAGGAAGCCACCACCGUUUACGACUAUGAUUACGGUGCACCCUGUAACAAAUUUGACGUGAAGCAAAUUGGGGCCCAGCUCCUGCCCCCGCUCUACUCGCUGGUGUUCAUCUUCGGGCUUGUGGGCAACAUGCUGGUCGUCCUCAUCCUGAUAAACUGCAAAAAGCUCAAGAGCAUGACUGACAUCUACCUGCUCAACCUGGCCGUCUCUGACCUGCUCUUCCUGCUCACCAUCCCAUUCUGGGCGCACUAUGCUGCAAACGGGUGGGUCUUCGGGAAUGCAAUGUGUAAGUUAUUUGCAGGGCUGUAUCACGUUGGCUAUUUUGGAGGAAUCUUCUUCAUCAUCCUCCUGACGAUCGAUAGGUACCUGGCUAUCGUCCAUGCUGUGUUUGCUUUAAAAGCCAGGACGGUCACCUUUGGGGUGGUGACAAGUGGGGUCACCUGGAUGGUGGCUGCAUUAGCCUCUGUCCCAGGAAUCAUUUUUACUAAAUCCCAUGAAGAUGAUUCUGUUUACUUCUGUGGCCCUUAUUUUCCACUAGUGUGGAAGAAUUUCCAUACAAUAAUGAGGAAUGUCUUGGGUCUAUUCCUGCCCCUGCUCGUCAUGGUCAUCUGCUACUCGGGAAUCCUGAAAACCCUGCUUCGGUGUCGAAACGAGAAGAAGAGACACAAGGCUGUGAGGCUCAUCUUCGCCAUCAUGAUUGUGUACUUCCUCUUCUGGACCCCCUACAACAUCGUCAUUCUCCUGAGCACCUUCCAGGGCUUCUUUGGCCUGAGCACCUGUGAGAGCACCAGUCUACUGGACCAAGCCAUGCAGGUGACGGAGACGCUCGGGAUGACACACUGCUGCAUCAACCCUGUCAUCUACGCCUUCGUCGGGGAGAAGUUCAGAAGGUAUCUCUCGGUGUUCUUCCGAAAGUACAUCGCCAAACACCUGUGCAAACAAUGCCCAGUUUUCUACGGGGAGACAGCGGAUCGAGUGACCUCAACAUACACCCCUUCCACUGGGGAGCAGGAAGUCUCCGCUGGUUUGUAAAACGAGUAGCAGUUUGCUUGUUAUUUUUAAAGGAAGGUAACGAUCUGUAUAUAACAAGCCUCGAGGGUUUGUUAAACAAAAGAGACCUGUAGAGUGGUUGCCCAGGACCCUCAGGGCUGCGUGUACCAAGACAGACUUAGGUCACUCCUUGUGUAUCCAACCUAUGCUCAGGGAAUAUUCCAGAUCAGCUGUGGAUAGAGACUCGGACUCUCCAGCAUGCUCAUCGCCAUUCUUGGAAAACGCCCCACUGCCUUGUGCUAAUGCUCUUUUUCCAGUCUUCACCAUUUCUUCACUCGGUCUCUGAUUCCAUCGACCUCAUAAUCAAGGGCCCAGCUGGUGCUGCGGAGGACAACGGGGGUGGCACAGCACGGACAGGAGGAAGGGGGGUGGGCAGGGCCAGGAGGAGAAGGAGGCUGAGCCCUGACAUAGACAAGGUAGGCGAAGCGCUCGCUCAUCCAGCCGGGAAGUGGUGCUGGCCCCAUCUCCCACCUGCGCUUACCUCUGAAGACUUCACCAGGUCGUGGAGACUCUGAGACCUGUAACAACCUUUGGCAAGCUUUGGUUGGGCCUGGUGAUCCACUUCUGCAUGAGCACAUGGCACAUUUUUGCUUUAUGAUGGGUUAUCUAUGACAACCACACACCCUACCUUUGAAAUCUGUUAACUAGCAAGCCCAUCGUUCAUGUGUUUCUCAGACCACAUCCCCCUAUAUAAGAAUUUAGAAAACCUUUGUUUAUGAAAUAUGCAUCGUCUAUGAUGAACUAAAUAUACACAAGCCCUUGUUUGAUCUUUCCAGGGAAAAGGGGAGGUUGGAGGUGGCAAUUGUGAGAAGGGGCAGAAGACAGUGAGUUCCUCUAUAGGAGUGGAGGAUGGGGGGCCAUGGACCCCCUGCAGGUGUGCCUCCAGAAUCAGCUAAGAGGGGAGCCCAGGAGCGACAUGGAAGAACCCCUCAAAGCCUCCUGUCUGGUAGCGUGUUUGUUGCGUUGCUGCUGUUCCUGCCUUCCCGCUCCCCUAGCCCCUGUUCGUUUCCCCAAGGCCUUUACCACAGACCUCCUGGCAAAGAAAACACCGGUGUGUGGAGGUCCCAGAAACCUGGGGAGCAUAUGGUGGAAACCGCAGAACGAGAACCCCUCAAGGGUUGUGGGAGAGGAAAAUCGAUGGGUGGGGGCCCU